AUGUCCGAGGUGAUCGAUUCUGCCAAAACAAACGUGGCUUUUGAAGAAUUAAGCUACACAGCAGAUACUGGAAAAAAUAUCGAGGCAACUGAGCGUUCUAGUUUGCUAAAGUUUGCGUUUGACCAUAUCAAUAGAGCCGCGAUUUUUUUCUCCGAAAAGUACAACUUAGAGAAACAACAGGUUAAUGAUAACUUUUCAUUUUUAUUCAAAACAGUUUGGUAGAAACCGAAUCCUUUGAAUAGUUGAAAAAAAAUUCCAAACUGUCAUUGCUUCCUUUUUCAGGUGAUUCUUGGUUUCUUCCUCACUUUUCUCGUUGUCGUUAUUUUCUUCUCUUCGUUUGCUGCCUGGAAAUAUUAUCAACCUAUCAUUCAAGAUUUCGUAGCAAAGGAAGAACUUGAAAAAGCGAAAAAGAAAGUUUUAACCGAUAAGGUUAAACAUCGUACGUUAGCUUUAUAUUAUAGUUUCGAUAAAAGAAAUAAUUCAGGAAAAGAGGAAUAA